AUGAAAUUCGUGGCGUUAUCCUACCUGGCCGCGGUUGCGUGUGCUCUUCAGGUUCUUCCUCCUGUCGCGUGGAAUGUAACUGGAUUGUCGGAAGAAGGAUUUGACAUCAGAGCAGUGGAGAAGAAAAUCUUCAUCACCAGCAGUUUUGCAACUCGUCGGGACGACAAUGGGUUGACUCUGAUUCCUCCCUCCGCUGGGGAGUUUGCAGAGACCUUCUGUCAGGACCUGCAGGCAGUGACGAACACGUCGUGGGUGCUGCAUACGGUAGACGCUGUGGAUGAGCCGACCGAGGAAGGCUAUGAGCUCGUCUUCAGUGCCAAGAGGGCAUACAUUCGCGGUUCUGGUGCUCGAGGGAUGUGGUGGGGAACGCGAACAUUUCUCCAGCAGUUGCUGAUUCACGACUUGGGGAUCGUGCCAGCCGGACGGACCCUUGACGCGCCUUCGUCGGUCACGCGGGGGUUUCUUCUCGAUGCAGGCCGGAAAUGGUACUCCCCCAGGCUCCUCAAGGACUUGUGCACCUACGCCUCGUUCUUCAAGCUGUCUGAGUUGCACUAUCACAGCAGUGACAAUUAUCCGUUGACCCGCGGGCAUAAUGAAACGUGGUAUGAAGUUUAUUCGCAGUUCUCCUUGAGACCCGAAAGCACAGAGUUGCAGGGCUUGGUGCAAAGAUCGAAUGAGACACUGUCGCGGGCUGUGUUUGAGGACUUCCAGUAUCAUUGCGCGCAACGCGGAGUGACCGUCAUUCCUGAGAUCGAAGCGCCUGGUCAUUCUUUGUCAAUCACCAAGUGGAAGCCGGAGCUGGCGUUAGAGCCAAAGGAUCUGCUCAAUUUGACGCACCCGGAUACACUGCCGCUGAUCAAGUCGAUAUGGACAGAGUUUCUGCCGUGGUUUCAAACCAAAGAGGUCCAUAUUGGGGCGGAUGAGUAUGACUCGGCAUUGGCGGACGAUUACAUCGACUUUGUGAAUGAGAUGGCUGUCUUCAUGAAUGAGACUGCCGGGAAGAAGGUUCGCAUCUGGGGAACGUACGAGCCGUCGAACACCCGCAGUAUCUCCAAGAAUGCCAUUAUCCAGCACUGGCAGUAUGGACAGUCGGAUCCUGUUAGCCUUGCAAGAGAUGGCUAUGGAUUGAUCAAUUCCGAAGAUUGGUGGGCAUACAUGUCCCUGAAGAAUGACCACAUGCCUAUCACUCCCGCUCCAUAUCCGUCAUCGUUCAAUAAUACUAGAUUACUGAAUUUCGGAGGGAGCGACGGCCUGCAAUGGACCCCACCGUUGUUCAACCCAUACAAUCUCACGAACCAACCCGAUCCGAGGCGUGUCCAGGGAGCCAUCAUCGCAGCCUGGAAUGACAAUGGCCCUGACGCGACGACGCAGCUGGAGGCAUACUAUGCCCUCCAUGACGGUAUUCCAACCUUCGCAUCCCGUGCAUGGGCUGGUAACCGCGGGCAGGAGCUGAUAAUAUCGAGCUUGUCGGAGUCUAUACGCGUGCUGACUGCGAAUGCGGUGGCGCAGAAUCUGGAUCGGCGGCUUUCUGGAGAUGUGGAUCUGAAUGGAGAAGUACUGGUCAGCUGGGAUACAAUGAACGAGAAUGACACGACAAAAGUUCACUUGGGAUAUGGGAGUAAAGGGAUGAACUAUUCGCUACAGCUGAACGUGACGGGUCCUUUUACUCUCUCCUCUGAUGAUGCAACGCUCAAGCUGGAAUCCGAUGGUUUACUAACCUUCAUCUCAGAUGGAUGGGAAUAUCCUCUCCGGUCUGUGUCUGAGGCCGAUGGAUUUGAUCCUGCGUACCCGGGUCGUAUAUGGGUCAACGCGACGACCUCCACGCAUGAACCGGUGACUGUGCCAUUGGGAAGUCUGAUCACAAUCCAAACGGAUGUUAUUAGUGGAAGUCGCGUUUGGAUUGAUGGUUCAUUUGCUGGCAGGUUUGAAGUUUUUGUCUUUGGAGGAAAGAACACUUUGUUUUCUUGGAGUCAGAUGGCGUUUGUUGCACCGUUGGAAUGGAUAGAAGGGGACGUACGCCACUUGCGACUUAGAUCCUAUGAUGAGCCUGACGAUUAGUAUCGGCUCAAGACGCUUGGGAUGACAAAGGCAGCAUACACAAGAGAUGCCUACUUUUGUAAUAAUUAUAAGGGCGACCAGAAAUUCUCUGUC